AUUGGAUAUUGCAAAUGUGGUGAAGUCAGAUGUGGGACGCGCGGAAAUAGGUUCUGACGCGUUACACCAAUAUGGUUCACAUGACUGGUUGGCCGAAGGGUUCGGCCGAAAAGUUCCUUCAUUCUACGCCUGUCGCUAAGACGAUCACAUUAUAUCCCUUAAAAAGUUACAGUUUUGGAACAAAAGAACCUAAUUAUGAACGAGAUCGAAGUGUUCCUGCUCGAUUUCAACGUUUGCAAGAAGAUUUUGAAAAGUAUGGUAUGCGUCGUUCAGUUGAAGGCAUCUUACUUGUACAUGAGCAUAAUUUACCUCAUGUUUUAUUGCUUCAACUUGGUACAUUUUUCAAGCUUCCUGGAGGUGAACUUCAUCCAGGUGAAGAAGAAAUUGAGGGAUUAAAGCGAUUGUUAUCUGAGAUGUUAGGUCGUACAGAUGGUGUUCCUGUUGAUUGGAUUCCAGAAGAUUGUAUUGGUAAUUGGUGGCGACCAAAUUUUGAACCACCACGUUAUCCAUAUAUUCCUGCGCAUGUGACUAAACCGAAAGAGCAUACACGCUUAUUUUUAAUUCAACUACCUGAGAAAACACUGUUUUCUGUACCAUCUAAUUAUAAAUUGGUUGCAGCUCCAUUAUUCGAGUUGUUUGAUAAUGCUCGAGCAUAUGGUCCAAUUAUUUCAUCCUUGCCUCAGGUGUUAAGCCGCUUCAACUUCGCCUACAAUGACUAAAAUUGACGUCUAGUUGAAGUUAAUGAGAUAGGGGUACUGAUCAUUGUUUCCUCCUUUGGAUGAAUUCUGAACUAAGGUGUCAUCCCAUUGGUUGUUUCUAAUGUUAAGGUUAUCACUUUAUCUAUCUGUUUGUUUGUUUUUGUUUUUUCUGUCUCCUGUUACAUAACGUUAUGAAUAAACACGAUAUGUGUGUACAUAUGAACAUUAUUUGUAAUCUGGAAAACGAAGGCAUUGUGAAUCUCUCUCCCCUCUCUCUUGGAUUUAGAAUAUGCAUGCGCGUGUAUGUGUAUAGAUAUAUACAUCCACUUUUGGAUGUCAAUGUACAUAUAAAAUAUUGUCUUUGUGUACAUGUCGACAUAUUGUCGAGUCUUUGUAAAUGCUCAGUAAAAUGUAGCCACAUUUGUUCUUUUUUACUUCUCAA